AUGAAGCUCCUCACCUCCCUCGCCGUCGCGCUCGCGCUCUUCGGCAACGCGGACGCGGUGACCGUCCUGGGCAAAGACAACUUCGCGGACGUCGUCGUGAACGGCGGGAAGAACGCCAUCGUCAAGUUCUACGCCCCGUGGUGCGGCCACUGCAAAGCCCUCGCGCCGACGUGGGACGAGCUCGGUGACUCCUACGCCGCCUCGAACUCCGUCGUCGUCGGCGACGUCGACUGCACCGUCGAGGAGGAUCUCUGCGGCGACCACGAAGUCCGCGGGUACCCGACGCUGAAGUACUUCACCCCGGAGACGGGCGAGAAGGGCGAGAGCUACGAGGGCGGGCGCGACCUGGACGACCUGAAGGCGUUCGUGGAGGAGAAGCUCGAGGUCAAGUGCGAUCCGGAGACGGCGGAGGAUCCCGAGUCGAAGUGCUCCGAGAAGGAGAGGGCGUACGUCGCGAAGAUGCGGGAGAAGACCAAGGCGGAGAGGAAGACCGCGCUGAAGCGGCUCGAGAAGAUGAAGAAGAAGAGCAUGACGAAGGAGCUCAAGGCGUGGGUCAUGCAGAGAAUCGUGAUCCUCGCGCAGAUGUGAGUUGAGCGAGGAGGAACGCCGACGGCGGAUGCUUUGUUCGACGCCGCGAUCGACAGACAGACGCCGCGAUCGAUUUCAUACGCGACAUACGGCGACCGCCGCGCCCAUCC